CGUGACCCCGACGCUAAAUCAGUUUGCAGAAAGCAAGGUGCGUUGAGAAGGAAAGGAACACACUGCUAAAAUGAGUGAAGAAGUGUUGAAGGUGAAAACCGAUUCAGAUGAGUUUGUUCUUCGUGGGAGGCCCUGUGAAUUGUCGGCCUUUUCCUUCGUUCCCACAGAAAGGAAAGAACCCGUGGAGAGAACAUAUUUUAAUUCUCCAAAGAAGAAUCAUUAUCCAUUGUGUCAAUAUGAUCGGUUGUUCCGAGAGGUAGAUGGGUACAAUAACAAACUUCACAGAGAUGACAGAGAACAUGCAAAAUCACUAGGGCUGUCAGUUAACAAUGAGGAAAAGGUGAAGGCCAUUCCCUCUAAGUCCUCGUCUGAAUAUGGCCAUCGUUUAGCAUGUGCUAAAGAUCCACCUACAAGAGAACAUGUCCGAAUUGGCUAUGUGGAAGCAGAAUUUUUCAGAAGGAAUGGGAUCAACAUACAAGAAAAUAGGUGAAGCUGUUUUAUAUUUUAAACUUUUCACCCAUUCAUAGUGUACCAGGCAUUACCAAGUUCCCCCAGAAUACUGACAAUAGAGAUGAAUUUACAUGUACAUCAGCUUGAUGGACGAGUGUGAGCCUGCUACAUAAGCCAUGUCUGGUUUCUGGCCGAAUAUACCUACUCCCCUACUUUUCUGGGCUUCCUUGGUGUUUUGUCACUCAGUACUCUGAUGACAUUUGCUUUUACAUGUAUCUUUUGUUUAAGUCCUUAACAUGUACAAUGGUAUUGAAUACAAGCUUGACAGAAAAUCGUUCUACAUGUGGUAGUAAUUUGCAUAAUAAGAUUAACAGUAUUUAACCUCAGUAUUAAAGCAUAGAAGUAUGCCAGUUACAGCCUGAAAGUGUCUCCAUGUGAGAGUUUUUUUUUUCAUCAAUAUUUGGUGUUUCCACAUGCAUGUAAUUAUUUUGGACAAAAGAUAUGCCAGAUGAAGCAAACUGCAAGCCUAUUGUAAAUCUUUAACCUUUUCAACCUCUAAAUCACUUUUUUCAGUGGAAUUCAUUCGUACAAUUAUAAUAAAAAUGACACUCAAAUGACUUGUCUGUGUCACUAAAGAUGCAAGCUUCAUAAAACUGAAAAUUAUUUCUCUACACCCCAUGUUUCAAUAUUUUGCAUAAAGAGACAGUUGAAAGGUUGAAGAACUAGGGUAUAUACAAACGUGUAAACUGUUUAUGUACUUACUCUAUAUAGACAGUGUUCUUUUAAUAGCUUAGAAAGAUAAUAUGCGUGUUUCAACAUACAGGGUUACUACAAUGAAAUGACGUCAGGUCACUUUGCAGUGAAUUACUGUCAGUCUGCCAAUAUGGUGUAUAGAACUUGUCAGUUUAUCUUAAAUUUUGCAAAACUAAUAUUUUGCCACUACAUUUUUCUAAACAUGAGUAUUGCCAUGUUGAAAGAUAGGCAAGUAUCCCUUCUGCCAUGUUGAAAUACAGGCAAGUAUCCCUAUCAACUUUUUGAUGUCAUUAUGCAGUGGGAUGUCACUCUGUUGUAAUGACCAACUCAACAAUUGUAUAUUGCAUUUUAAACCUUAUAAGUAAUUAAGUCAACAUUUUGUGAUAAUUUCUUGUAAAAUUGAUUUAAUUUAUGUAUUUCUCCAUUGUACAUAGCAUGUAUUCACUCAUAUUAAAGGUGAACUGCAAAGGUUUUUUACUUGAAACUGAAAGUGAAAGGUCAAGAUUGUGUUAUUUUUUCUGUUAUGUCGUGUAUGUGUACCACAGGUCUGGACAGUCUACAAGUUUCUCAAAAUGUCCAGGGCUUGUUCCUCUUUAAUUUCAGAAUAUGACAUUCAAUUGGCCUUGUCAUUCUGGGUUCAUUCAUUUCACCCCAAGACUGCCACAUUUGAUGAAUGAUGAAUGACUGCCAAAGAUGUCAUGGCAAUAGACAUUUUCCAUACUGUGUUACAAAUUCACAAUUGUAAAACUUUAUAUUAAAAACGAAAUAUUUUCACAAAGAGAACUUCCAUAAUCUUUGAAACAAAAACUGAAGAAACUUGCUGAUAUUUUAUGUGAAAUUUCAACAUGCUGCAGUUCACCUUUGAUAUGAAGCAAAUGUGCACCCUGCAAGUGCAAGUAGCUAAGUGGGAAAUGGUAGUUCAUAGUUUUGUCUCAGUUUUAUCUCAUUUGUGUAAUCUUUCUUUAUGAUGCGAUACACUGUGUAUGAUAACUCAUUGGAGAUAAUUAAUCUGUACAGAAUAAAAACUUCUUUUAUAUGUAUAUGUUUUGAUUUUUUUGAAGACUUGGUUUUGUAAAUGAAUUAUCUGUGGACGCAUUGAUUAUACAUUGUUUUAUAUUGAAAGACGUUCUUAAUAUCCUGCAGUAACUGAAACUGACAAGGAUGGCAAGUUCAGCUAUGAUACGAUAAUAAUCAUGAAGAGAACUACACGUACAUGUACUUCCUGUAGAGCUGCUUUAACCUGUGAAGAACCUUUCAUGACUGAAGCUGUGUAGUAUAAUGUUCAUUUCUGCCUUUGUGAUGACCAGUGCAUCUGUGGAUUUAUGUAUAGAUGCAUAUUACUUAUGUAUUACAAGAGACCAGUUGUCAACCCGGCUUGGAAGAAAGUCACAGUUAGGCAGCGAAAAUGUACCCCAAUAUCGACCAGCACUUGCAUGUACAGUAUAUACAGAAAAUAGUGCCAUUACUGCAUGGACAAUGUCCACUAAGCAAUACACAUACAGUGUAUGCAGUAUGCCUUUUGAGUCUUUUGAAAUCUUCCUUAAGCUGACCUUAAAAGUUAAGGAGGGUAAGAUCCAGUAUUUGCAUAUAAUUUCUCCUUUACUUUAAUCAUACACUACCACAAAAUAUCCCCUGUAGUUGACUGAUCGUUUGCUUACAGUUCACCUUUCUUUCACCAGGCAAUCUACUAUAAGGGGUUUGUUUUGACCGAUCUGUUAUUGAUGACACCAUAACAUGGCAAGGGAAGUCUGAUUACUCUGCGAGCAAUUAGAUCAUCCCAAGGCAUCAGCAUAAUUCUUUGUGGUGCUUCUUCUAGUCUUAAAUAAAGUUCACCAUACCAAACUUUCUUUUCCACCAGCAUUCUCCAGUGAGGUUGCCUUUCUCUGUUAGGAGAACUAGCCUCUGACAUGUAAGUGAAAAAAAUCGAGCGUACAGCAAUAACCAUCAAUCAGACAAGUUGAUAGGUAAGGAUUUUCAGGAUUACCUCAAUGAUGGGAGGCCUUGAGUGAUUCACAUUUUGGUGCCUGUCUCACAGCCUCUUGUUCUCAUACUGUAAGCUCACCGGCUUCAGUAAUUUGUCAGGUAUUUGCUCAUCAGUAUAACCAUCUAACAUGUGACCCAUUACUGAGUUCAA